AAACCCAAACCAAAUCAGAAACAAACCAAAGAAAUUCAGUUUCUUUUUGUUUUUUAAUACAAAAAAUAAUUAAUUAGUGCUAGUAAAUAAAUAUUUUAUUAGUAGCCGAAAAUAAAUAAAAAUAUUUUAUUGCUAGGUGUAUAAAUAGAUAGGAUGGGAGAGGCAGACGGAGGAAAAACAUAAAUAAAAGGCAAAUUGGCAGUAGGCGUAGUAUUAAGCCUUUUAUUUUAUUUUAUUUAUGUUCUUUUUUCGUUGAGCGACGAAGCUUCGAUUGUUUUGUUUAUGAUGCGUCGCUCUGCAUCCAAGAAAACGGGUCAACCCAAUUCCACCAACCCGAUUACUUAUUCUCCCUCCGAUCUCUUUCGCACCGCUUCAAGUAAGGCAUCUUCAAAAGAGAUGGAACGGAUUGACAACCUAUUCUAUUCAUAUGCCAAUAGGUCUUCUGGUAUGAUUGACCCAGAAGGGAUUGAAACUCUAUGUUCCGAUAUGAAAGUCGAUCACACAGAUGUUAGGAUCUUGAUGCUUGCUUGGAAAAUGAGAGCUGAAAAACAAGGAUACUUUACCCUGGAGGAAUGGCGAAGAGGAUUGAAAGCACUGAGGGCUGACACUGUAAGUAAACUAAGGAAGGCCCUCCCAGAGCUAGAGAAAGAGGUCAGGAGGCCAUCAAACUUUGUGGAUUUCUAUUCCUAUUCAUUCCGCUAUUGCCUGACAGAGGAGAAACAAAAGAGUAUAGAUAUAGAGAGCAUAUGUCAAUUGCUGGAUCUUGUUUUGGGAUCCCAAUUCCGUGCGCAGGUUGACUAUUUUGUUGACUAUUUGAAGAUUCAGAGUGAUUAUAAGGUCAUAAACUUGGAUCAAUGGAUGGGCUUUUUUCGGUUCUGCAAUGAGAUAAGUUUCCCAGACCUUAAAAAUUAUAAUCCAGACCUUGCUUGGCCUUUGAUCCUGGACAAUUUUGUAGAAUGGAUGCAGGCGAAGCAAAGCUAAAACUUAUGUGGUUUGGUCAACUUGAUUCUCAGCUGUAAACUCCAUCUUUAUGAAAGCAGGAAUGUUCGAAGUACGGAACCAAGCUUCUCCAGCUGCUUUUUAUGUCUUUUUUACUUCAAAACAUGAAAGUCGUCAUCAAAACUUACCUUUCAAAAUUACUUCUUCAUGCUGCAAAUAUGCUGGAGACUGUCUCAAUAUGUUUGAAGUGUAUUUCUAUUGUGGCUUCCACCGAAUAUCUAUGGGGUAGGAGACUCUGUUGAGCAAAUAACAGCAACGUAAUACACGACACAAUCUCCCCACAACUGGUACCCCUGUCUCACCAGGAAGUCGUGACAGGUGCUGGCUUCAUUCUAAGCAUGUGAGCUAAUGAUGCUAAGAUCCAACCGUUGGGGAUGAUCCUUCUAGGGAUGGAUUAUAUCGACAUUUUUCUCUUCAUCGUACCAUCCUCUUAACUUUGGGCAGUCAUCAGGAGCCAGCAUUUUUAGCUGCAAAUAAGUUUGUUAGGGCACCCCCUAGCAAUCUGGUUGUUGGGCAUCAGGCCUGCUCUGUCUCGCCUGCAUAUGCCUUGACAAGAUUUGUGCUUGAUAGUUACCAAUCACUGCUACAUGUAAUGUUUGUGAGAAGGGCCUUGGAUUUGUCGUGGGUAAUCAAACUUUAGGUAACCCUUUGGAGCAUAUGAUUUGGAUUUAACCAAAAUGCAAAAAACAUAAUACCUAACUUGGAUGCUUUUCCUUGUGGCCUUAUGUCUGCAUAUAUCCAUUAACUUUUAAGGCAGGUAUGGUCAUCUCAGUAGGACUAAACUUUCAUGGUCUACCCCUGUGCUGGAAAGUUUGCGAUUUAUUUGCUUCUGAUUGAGUGCUUGAUGUUUAAUGAGGAGACAUGGACAUUUGUUUUGGAGCAUUUGGAUGGUCAGCUAACAAUCAAGCAGAAACCAGGCUAUGAAAACAGUAUGUCAUUAGCUCCUAUGCAUGUUCUGGCUACUUGUGAGGAGGUUCUAUAUAUGCUAUAAAGGCUUUUCCUUCUUAAUGGCCGAAGGAGGGAAUCAAUUUUUGUAUGGAGUUUGAGCCCAAACCGUUAUCUGUUUGCUUGUUCUUGUAGUUCUGCUGAGAUAUGUUUGAUCUUAGGCUUUCUUGAAGGGUAAUCUUGUUUUAGUGCUCAAGUAAAAGAGUAGGUAUAAUAAUAAUGUUAUAAAUAAGUUGAAGUAAAGGGGUAAUGUCCAUCAACUAUGCAAUGUGA